UUAAAAUCUGUGACAUAGACGGCAGUUUCGUUCCAUUUCUGACUCAGUUUCCUCUUUUUUUUUAAUAUAUUUUUUUUAUAUAAAAUUCUUUUAAUUUCUUCUCAACCAUUUUUGUUUUCCUUCUUCUUCAUCUUGAUUAUUUUUUUUGUUGGGUGUUUUUUCAUAGAUAAAUGUAUAGUUAGUUACCUUUCUCUUUGCUAUUUUUCUUUUUGAAUAAUAUUGUAAUAAUAAAAAUCAAAUCUUUUUUUAAUUUGGUUAAAAAAAAAUAUAUAAAGAUUGGAACUUUGUAUUCUUAUGGGUGUCAGGCUGUGUGAAUUUUUUCCUCAAGCGAAGCAAAGUCUUCUCUUUCACACCUUUCAAUCUCAAAAAAAGCAUGGAAGACGAAUCUAGGGUUUGACAGCAUCAACUCCAACGAGGUCUUUCUCUCUAUUAGCAAACCCUUCUGUGUUUUUUUUCUUCUUUGGUUGCUUUUUCUUUCUUUGCUUCUUCUUCAGUCACUCCAUUUUUGUAAUUUCCUAUCUGGGUUUUACUUCAAACCCCUUUAUUAUAAUUUUUCUUUUUCUGAUUUUAACGAAAGUGUGAUCUUUCCUGUUUUUCUUUGUUUUUGUUAAUUUUUCUCAUAAACUCAACUACUACUUUCUUUUUUUAAGUUAAACCCCAUCUAAAAAAGAUUAUCCUUUUCUUUUAAUACUGAGAAGAAAUGGGAUUUUUCUAUCUGGGUUUUUUUGGGUUGUUGUUGUACUUCCCAUGAUUGAAGCAGGUAUCUGGGUUUUUUUGUUGUUUCUGAUUUGGAUUAUUGGGUUUGAGGAAUUAGGGAUUUUUUAAUAUUCUGUUAAGGGGGGUUUAUCAAUGGAUGAGGUUGAAGAAGCAAAUAAAGUAGCUGUACAGAGCUGUCUUAGAGUACUAACUCUUCUUACUCAGCCUCAAGAUCAAAUUCAGCGUAAGAGAUUAUUUGUAGAAACUGAAGAGGCUGUGUUUAGGUUCAAGAAAGUUGGUUCUCUUCUAAGCAGUUGUGUAGGUCAUGCCCGAGUUAGAAAGCCUAAGAAAUUUCCAAUACCUUUACCCCAAAAUUUACUCUUAGACAAUCCUAAUUGUAGAACAAAAACAACAACAACAACCGAACAUCCAUCACCUAAAACACUUCUUUUUCUUCAAUCUACAACCUUUCCUCCUGAAAACCCUCAUCAAGAUAUGGGCUCUAAUGUUAAAAGUUCAUUGUGUUUGGGAAACACAUCUUUGGAGCUUAGUUCUAGUGGGAAAACCCCUAUUCAACAAGUGAACCCAUCACCCUAUCGUCUCAUUCAGCAGCAGCAACAAUUACAACAACAGCAGCUGCAACACCAUCAGCAGCAGCAGCAACAGCAGCAACAUAAGCUAUUGUUUCAUCAGCACCAGCAACAAAUGAAACAUCAAGCGGAAAUGAUGUUUAGAAAGAGUAAUAGUAGUGGGAUGAGCUUGAAUUUUGAUAACUCUAGUUGCACACCAACAAUGUCAUCCACUAGAUCCUUUAUUUCUUCAUUGAGUAUGGAUGGAAGUGUGGCCAAUAUGGAUGGGAAUUCCUUUCAUUUGAUUGGGGCGCCACCGCCUACUCGGUCUUUGGAUCAGAAUUCACAGCACAAGAGGAAGUGUUCUGGUAGAGGAGAUGAUGGGAGUGUGAAAUGUGGUAGCUCUGGUAGAUGUCACUGCUCAAAGAAAAGGAAACAUAGGGUGAAAAGAUCAAUAAAGGUGCCUGCUAUCAGUAACAAGCUUGCAGAUAUCCCACCUGAUGACUUUUCAUGGAGGAAGUAUGGUCAGAAGCCAAUCAAGGGCUCUCCUCAUCCUAGGGGAUACUAUAAAUGUAGCAGCAUGAGAGGUUGCCCAGCAAGGAAACAUGUGGAGAGGUGCUUAGAAGACUCAUCAAUGCUUAUUGUGACUUAUGAAGGUGAACAUAACCAUCCAAGGAUACAAUCUCAGUCUGCAAACACCUGAUCUGAUCUGAUCUGAUCUGAUUCUGACCCCUAUUUAUUAUGAUGAAAACCAUAAUGGGAAAAAAGUUUUAUCAUCUGUGAUUGGCUUGAGAUGAUGCUCCUGUACAUAUUUUGCAUGGUUCAAGCAUGGGAUAUAAAAUGUGGAGCAUUUUUAUUUUCUUUCUUUCUUUUCUUUUUGUGGCUUUGAGGAAUUGGCUCUUCAAGCCUUUUUUUAAUUUAGGAUUCUACAACUUUGGUGGGGAAGAACAAAAAAAAAAUGAAAAACCAGUUAGGAGUCUUGUUUGUCAUGUGAAAAAUUCUGUGUAGAAUUGGGGUGGUGUAUAAUUUAAUUGUAAGAACUCUUCUUCCAUCAUCAUCACUUUUAGUAAAAGCAAUGGUCUUUGGUUUU